CUGAUCGUUCUUGCCGUUAUUGCUACUGCCCAUGCUGGGUAUUUGUACCACCCUGCAUAUUAUUACGGAGCUGGCGCCAGUACACAGUUUAAAAACCAAGAUGCUAUCGGCAAUUAUAACUUUGGCUACAAUGAGGGUCAUGCCACCGGAGGAACCUUCCGCAGAGAGUUUGGUGACGCUCUCGGUAACGUCAAGGUCGGCUCCUAUGGAUUGACUGAUGCUGAUGGUCGCAGGCGCGUCGUAACUUAUAAAGCUGACGCUAGUGGCUUCAAUGCUAACGUUCAUACCAACGAACCAGGUACAGACAGCUCUAAGGAUCCCGCCAACACUCUGGUCAACAAAGCUGUUCUUCCUACUACUUAUUACGGUGGUUAUUACCCAGGACACUAUUACGGGCACUACGCUCCCUAUCACUACGGUUUUUAUCGUGGUCAUUCGUCUCAAUACCUUCACAUCCACAGCACAUACCCUCAAAGAGAGCUAUAUGAGAGCGUUAGACACCAUCCAUCUGGAGGAGAAACACUGAGGAUGGCAGAACAUUUCAACAUGGUCCACGGGAUACUUCUUUUCUGUUCCAUGUUGGCGCUUGGAGCUUGCAAAGGAAUACCAGCAGGCAGAGGUGUUAUCUUUCAUUUAGUGCCACAUGCUUACAAAGCAGAAGUUUCGCUACCGGAGGUUCCUCCCAGUCUCCUUGAACCUGCUGAAGAACCUUCUCCUUUCUCCUUCUUGUACACCGCCGGUGCAGGAACUGGAUCAAGCUCUAGGUCCGAGAGUGGUGAUGAAACUGGAAAAGUGAAAGGAUCUUACAGCUUGAAGGACGAGGAUGGACGUCAGAGAAUUGUAAACUACAAUGCAGGAAUCGAUGGGUUUAUGGCAAAAAUUCAUAGUAACGAACCUGGUGUGGAACCUGGUAGUAAUCCUGCUGACGUAGAAUUUCUUUCUAUUCCUGGUGUAGCAGCUAUUCCUGCUGCAGCUCCCGCUGCUUCUGGUGCAGCUCCCGUUCAUGCUGCCGCUCCUGCCCCUGCUGCCUCUCUACCUGAACUUUCCGCUCCACCGUCUCCGUUCUCCUUCAUGUAUACAGCCGGUGCAGGAACUGGAUUGAGCUCUAGGUCUGAAAAAGGAGAUACCACUGGAAACGUAGAAGGGUCUUACAGUUUAAAUGACGAGGAUGGGCGUCAGAGAAUUGUAGAGUACACUGCUGGACUUGGUGGAUUUAUGGCAAAAGUUCAGAGUAACGAACCUGGUGUAGAACCUGGUAGUAACCCCGCCGAUGUUGAAUUUCUCUCCAUUCCUGGAGUAGCAGCUAUUCCUGCAGCCGCUCCUGCUGUUGCUGCUCCAGUUGAGGCUCCUGCUGUUGCUGGAUCUUACAGUCUCCAUCAUGCAAGCGGACAUCAGAGAACCGUUGAUUACUCAGCUAAUGGUGAAGGCUUUGUAGCAUCUGUAAAGAGCAAUGAGCCUGGUGUCAAACCAGGAGAUAACCCUGCUGAUGUUACAGUAUAUUCACUGCCAGAGGUUGCCGCAGCUGUUGCUCACCCUCAUUCUAAAGCUGACACUCUUUCAAAACCCAUCUCAGCCAAAGAACUUUUUGCAGCUGCUAAAUAUGCUCCCGUGUCACCAGCAAAGUUAGCAAACUACGUGUGGCAUCCGACGGCUAUUUUCGUUGAACAAUAA